CAGCGGUUGGUUGCAUCGAGUGCCGACGGCAAUGGCGGCGAUGCGUGUUCACGGAUAGAGGGCAACUGUGGCGGUGCGGCGGCAAACGGCGGAGAGGCAUCGCCCUAGAUAACGGUAGAAUCGCGCAGUGCUGUCGCGUUGUCUUCUCGCGUGAGUGUGAAAAUCUAGGAGGCGGGGAGGCGUACAGGAAGGGUAGGCGGCGGCACGAGAGAAAGAGAGAAAAAGAGUAAAAGAGAGAGAGGCGCGUCCGUCUGCGAUCCGUGUAAUCAGCAUCGUCGUCGCCUUCUUCAAGGUUCUCGUUGUCCUCGUGAAUCGCGGAACGAGUCGUGUGUGUCUCUGCGGAUUGAUCGGUACGCACAGUGCCGAUAUAUCAGGCGUGCCGUGUGUGCGAAAAUCUCUCGAGACUCGAGAGAACUGAAGAGAACCCGGUACAUAAGCCGCAUUCGUCAUAACGUGCGACGCGAAUUCCGACCUUUCGUUAGCCAAUGCGGAAUCAGCCAGGCUAGUUGGUUGGCCAGCGGCAAGAACCGUUCAACAGUUAGAACGGAUAACGCACAUCAGUUUCGUCCUCGUUAUCCUUUGGAUCUCCUCAAUGGACUCGUGACAGUGUGUGGAGACGGAACAGCCGAGCUGAAUACAAAAAAAAAGAAAGAAAAAUAGAAGAACGCGGGUGGGCCAGGUAGGCUGUAUAAUAAUCACCGAGGUCUCGUCAGUCGUGGCGACGAGGAAGAGACAGACGAGUGGCGCGCGUGAGACGGGGACAACGAGGGACGCGAGAGGAGGAAAGCGAGAAUAUACAGGCUUGCCUCUGCGUUGCGUGUGUACGUGUAUGCGCGCUUGAGAGCCGCCGAACCGACUUGCGCGAGCGACAAAGACGGACAGUAGGAAAAAGAAAGAGAGAGACAGAGCGGGAACGAGAGAACGGCGGAGAGAAUUAUCGAGUGAAUCCCGGGAGAUACUGUGUUCUCUGCGAGGAGCGAAGAGCGUGGGGCAUUCAGGAGGCACGAGAGAUCUGUCGAUUUUACAGAAGGGAAAUAUCUCAAAAUUUGCACGUCACGACCGAUAUUUUUUCCGCUAACGGGUCCGUCUCACUGAGAGCAAAUCAAGGCAAAACGUGGCGGAUUCGGUGACCCCUCGACUGUGAUCAGGCCCAUAGGCAGUAGGUAGGGCAAGGAGAUGCGCGAAUAUAAAAUAGUGGUGCUGGGCAGUGGAGGUGUAGGCAAGUCCGCCCUCACUGUCCAGUUUGUCCAGGAAAUCUUCGUAGAGAAGUAUGACCCGACGAUUGAGGAUAGUUACCGCAAGCAAGUCGAGGUCGACGGUCAACAAUGUAUGUUAGAAAUUCUAGACACAGCCGGCACGGAACAAUUCACAGCCAUGAGGGACCUUUAUAUGAAAAAUGGGCAGGGCUUCGUGUUAGUGUAUUCGAUAACAGCACAAUCAACCUUCAACGACCUGCAAGACCUCAGAGAACAGAUCUUGCGAGUAAAGGACACAGAUGAUGUGCCGAUGGUGCUAGUAGGUAACAAGUGUGACCUGGAGGAUGAGAGGGUAGUAGGAAAGGAUCAGGGUGUCAACCUUGCCCGGCAAUUCAAUUGCGUGUUUAUGGAGACCUCUGCCAAAGCUAAAAUUAAUGUUCGCGAUAUUUUCUACGACCUGGUGCGACAAAUAAACAAGAAAUCGCCAGAGAAGAAGAUGAAGCAAAAGAAGAAAUCGCUGUGCCUACUUCUGUAAGGUAUAUGUGGCGGAGCCCAUAUUCUCCUACAUGAAAAUCCGAGGAUACCAGUGGAUUAAAAAAAAAGGACCGGAGCGGUUAUAAAACAAGGAAGAUACUAAUGACAAAAGAGGAGGAGGGGGCUGACGGAAUAUUAGGCGACAGUAGAACGGGAGUCUACGGUACUGAAAUCCGAAUGGUUGUAAGAUGAUGGUAGAGAGACGGGAGAAUAAGGGCAUAUAAAGGGCACAAGGUAACGCAGCGGAGCGAAGAACGAAGAGAUACGUGCAAAGGAACGCAGCGAUAAACGGAAGGAAAUAUUGUAUAUAACAUUGGUUCCGGGAUGGCUCGUGUGCACGCGCAAGCAACGGCGCACAAAGUAGGAUACGAGACCCCGCAAACAUCGGUUAUCACUGUAGGAAUUUUGCAUGAAUAAAUGAAGGGGAAAAUGAUUAAUUAAUAGUAUAUAUUUAGGAGAAAGGAAGAGAUAAGAAAAAAAGAAACGUUUGUGUGGAUGUGCGCGUGCGCAGACCACCAGCCCCCAUGCAUCGCGCUCUCGCCGCGCACCUCUCUCUCUCUUAUAUAAUAUAAUAAUUAUACAUAGAUGGUACUUGAACAUUAUUGCUAUUAUUAUUAAUAUUAAUUAUUAUUAUCGGAUCAUCAAAAUAUUCAUAAGUUAUCGAACUGUUUGUUUCUCAAACAAAGUAUGUUUUUCUAUAUCUCUCCGUAUUAAGGCAAAUAAAAAAAUCAAUGAAUGUUAAAAAAAAA